AUGCGGAGCUGUUACAUCUGUGUCAUGAAAACGACGCCGGAACGGUCUCUGUUUCAUCACGAUGAGGAGCUCGGACUGAGCUCCUGUUGUCAGCUUGCAGAUACCGAGGCGCUGCCCAGCCUGAAGGAACUCCUGAGUGCCGUCCCGAACGCAGAGGAAAGGACCUGGGAUUUGCUAAGCUGGAUUUUGUCAUCUAAGACCUUCACGAUACAAAGCAUUAAGAAGCAGGAGUAUGAGAAGAUCCAGGAGCUCACUGGGAUGUCUGGUGCUGCUGUUCCUGCUCCGGACUUCCUCUUUGAGGUCGCAUAUUGUGAUCAAAUGAAUGCCAAGUUUGCUGAGACUAGGGGUGAGCAGGACCUCAUCUAUGCCUUCCAUGGCAGUCGCCUGGAGAACUUCCAUUCCAUUCUGCACAACGGCCUGCACUGCCAUCUGAACAGGACAUCGCUGUUUGGUGAAGGCACCUAUCUCACCAGUGACCUCAGCCUAGCUCUGCUCUACAGCCCACACAGCCUCGGUUGGCAGCGAAGCACCUUGGGCUCCAUCCUGAGCUGUGUUGCUGUCUGCGAGAUCAUCGACCACCCUGAUGUCAAGUGCCAGGUGAAGAAGAAAGAUUCAGAAGAAAUAGAUAGAAAAAGAGCAAGAGUGAAGAACAGUGAAGGUGGUGAUGUGCCACAGAAAUACUUUGUUGUCACAAACAAUCAGCUCCUCCGAGUUAAAUACUUGCUGGUAUAUUCACAGAAACAGCACAGGAGGCCUUCAGGUCAGUCCUCCUGGUUUUCCACCCACCGUUUUGCCAUAACAAUGAUGCUGUACCUCCUGCUGCUAAUCGUGAUUGGGGCCAGCAACUCACCAGCCUUCCUCUACUACUGGCACAGAAUGUUUCACUCAGAGGGAUGAAUUGCCCUCCAAGAUAAUAAACUGCUAUUUUCACUAUGUGCCUUAAUAACAAGGAGUCCACCAAGCUCUGCAUCUGUUUCAGAGCUCUGGAAAUAAAAAGAUGCUUGGCACUUUCCAGUUAUUAUUUCUGUAUUCCUGUGAUUCAUGAAGACACCCAGUACAGCUGAAAAGGAUCUUAAUGGUGCAGCUUAGCACGAACUGAUUCUUAAGGGUCCAUGGAGAAAGUUAUUUAAAAUUAAUGAAAACUAAGUGUGGAAAUA